CCCAUUUAUCUGUAAAAACUAGUGUUCUAGAACCAGAUCAUGAACAUAAUAUCCAUUAUCAAUCUCAAUCCUUUAAGGUGGUUCUUGAAUUAAUGGGAGUUACAAAGGCCGAUCCUCAAGAGACCAAAUUCGAAUGGUUACAAUCACAAUUGAUUGGAAGAAAUGUCGAAUUCGAUACUCCCUUUGGAAAACGAAACCUCACUUAUGCUGACCAUACCGCUUCUGGCAGAGGCCUUCGCUGCGUCGAAAACUUCAUUCUCAAUAAUGUUCUUCCUUUCUAUGGGAACACACAUACAAGUGAUAGCUACGUGGGUCACAAGACAACCGAGAUGGUGAAGGAGGCCAGCAAAUACAUCAAGUGUUGCUUAGGUGCAGGAAAGGACGAUGCACUCAUAUUCUGUGGCUCUGGCACUACAGCGGCGAUCAAGCGGCUCCAAGAGGUAAUGGGAAUUGCAGUGCCUUCAACCUUGAGAGAUAGGGUAAUCAAGAGCUUAAGCAGUGAAGAGAGAUGGUUGGUCUUUGUUGGACCAUAUGAGCACCAUUCCAAUCUCCUCUCAUGGCGUAAUAGCCUAGCUGAGGUGAUAGAAAUUGGCCUUGACAAUGAAGGAUUGCUAGACAUGAGAGCUUUGAGGUCAAAGCUUGAGGCUUACAAGGAUUCCAAUCGUUUCAUGUUGGGUUCAUUCUCAGCCUGUAGCAAUGUAACUGGAAUUUAUUCUGAAACAAGACCCAUUGCUCGUCUUCUUCAUGAAUUUGGUGCUUUUGCUUGCUUUGAUUACGCAGCAAGUGGUCCUUAUGUAGAGAUCGACAUGAGAUCAGGAGAGGUAGAAGGCUAUGAUGCAAUUUUUCUGAGCCCACAUAAGUUCCUAGGUGGACCAGGAACCCCUGGCAUUCUUCUUAUGAACAAGGCCUUGUAUAAGUUGGGAUCUUCUGCCCCUUCUACUUCUGGAGGUGGAACUGUUGAUUUUGUCAAUGGCUUCAGUGAUGAGCACACAUUGUAUUGUGAAGAUGUGGAAGAGAGGGAGGAUGCAGGAACUCCACCAAUCAUUCAGAAGAUAAGAGCAGCAAUGGUUUUCUGGGUGAAGGAAUUCAUUGGUUAUGAUGUGAUUGAAAACCAAGAACAUUUGUACAUAAGGGCAGCCCUCAAAAGGCUUCUACCAAAUCCAAACGUAUGGGUUUUAGGGAAUACAAGUGCACCAAGACAAGCUAUCCUCUCUUUUGUGAUUUUCUCUACAACCAAUUCUCCCUCUUAUGAUGAUAUGAAAAAUGAUCAAAAUGGAGCUUAUGCUUAUGGUGAUGAUGGAAGAGGUAGUAGCAGAGAUCUUUAUAUGUGGGCAGAGUCAGGCAACAAGAGAGACAAGCCUCUCCAUGCCCCUUUCGUGGCGAAGCUCCUCAAUGAUCUCUUCGGCAUCCAAGCUCGAGCAGGCUGCGCUUGUGCUGCACCCUACGGUCAUCAUUUACUUGGUGUCCAGGAGACUCGAUCACUAGCCUUUCGCUCCGCUAUCCAAAUGGGCUACACUGGUGUAAAACCAGGAUGGACUAGAGUUAGCUUCCCCUACUACUUAUCAACUGAGGAGUUUGAGUUCAUUCUAGCCGCAAUCGAAUUUAUCGCAACCUAUGGCCAGCGGUUCCUACCUCUCUAUAAAUUCAACUGGAAAAAUGGAAACUGGAGUUUCAAAUCAAGAGCUUUCAUGGAGAAUCUACUAGGGGAAGAUUAUACCAUAGACUUGAGUAUUUUGUCGCUAAGCGAAUCCAAGCCUGGGAUGGACAACAAGAACACUAGUGGAUUAAAGGAUGGGGACAACAGUUAUGGUGAUCAUGAGAAGACCAUUGAGGUGAUUAGUAAAUAUGCCUCCUACUUAGAAACUGCAAAGUAUGUGGCCAGUUUUCUUCCAAAGUUUCCUCCCCAACGUAAGGUUCCUAAAGAAAUAGACCUCAGUCUUGCUCAUUUUAGGGUUUAGGGUUUAAGGUUUAAGAUUGGAUCUCUCUCCCAAUCUUAAGCAUUUUUUUGUAUCCUAUGUUAUUUAUGGUAAGGGAAUUUGUUAUGGGUCCUUUAUAUUAUUAAGGUCAUCCAUGAUAGCUCCCUAACCAUAGAUCUGUUGUUGUAUUGUAUUUAAUUUCCUUUUUCUACUAAUAUGAGUAAUAAUAGCCUGCGAAUUAUUAAAAUUUGAAUAAAAAGAUGAU